GUUGGGGUGCAUGUGUACCAGCAGUGUUUUUUGCAUAUUCCCGGCAAUUAACGUAUAUUAUUACGACAUAUUGUAACCAGGCAAAACAAUAUGUCUUUGGUAAAUUACGGAAGCAGUGACGAAAGUGAAGGUAGCGACAAUGAAGAGAUUCAACCGGUAACAUCGAGUGUGAUACCGCUCGACUCCAAGGCGUCUUCAUCUGCGAGAUCGUUGUUGUCAUCCUUGCCGCCUCCAAAGACUUCGAACACGAUAGAAGUGGAUUCAUCAACUGUUUCUCCUCAACAUAGCAGUGGUACUAUGAAUCUUAAGAAAGUUAGAAACACUACAACACCAGUUGAAAAAACAACAAAGUCAUCCUCACUUAGUCUUCCAGCUCCAAAAAAAGGACAACCUGUGAAGAUUACAUUACCAUCAAUGCCAGAGAUUGAUUCUGAUGAAGAUGAACCAGUUGUGAAGAAAUCCAAACCAGUACCACAGGGCACUGGUUUAUUUGCAUUGCUUCCCAAACCAAAGCAUGCAGUUACAAAAGAACAUAACAGAAUUCUAAUUCCGCAUACACUUAGUCGAAGACCUGAGAAGAAACCAGUCUCUAGGAAACCUCAAACAGUAUCUUUGAAAAAGACAACAUCAAAUCUUAUUCAAGCUUAUGAUGACGAUGAUGAUGAUGAUGAACCAUCCAGUUUCUUUUCAUUUCAUGAAAAGACCACUGAAAGGGAAACACAGAAUAUUCAAACUGAAAUAAAAACAUCUGCUGCAGAUGACAAUGACCUGAAGGAUACAUUGAGUAGGACUACUGGGAUGGAAAGCUCUCAAUCAAGUUUACAAACAACACUCAUUACACCCCAGGAAAAGCCACUGAGUUUUAAUGUGUCAAGCUCUGAUGAUACUCCAUUAUGUUUUAACCCAGCGACGCCUGCUGAUGGUUCUCUUGAUUUCCAACAUCAGACAGUUUCAUCUACUGCUAGCAUAGAUAAGACAGCUAGUAGUCAAUCCAUGACGUAUAAUGUACCUUAUGAGUACAAUGUUCCCUAUCAAGAAUACACUAAUCAAGAUUACUACCAAUACUCUGAGAAUGCCGAACAACAUGUCAUAUAUAAUAAUGAACAGGGCCAGACAUCAGAACAAAACUAUGCUAGUGAUGAAGGGUUCAAAAGAAUACAAGGCAAGAAACGUAAGAAGGAAGAUAUUCAAAUAAUUGACAUUCAAGAAGAUCAUUCUAGUUACAGUACUGCAGAGUGGUUGAAGACACACAUCAAGGAAGAUGAUAAACAAUACAUGAGUAAACUUAGAAAUGAGGUAUUGCCAACAUCACAGCAGAGAAGAAAACAUCAGAUAACAUAUUUAGCACAUCAGGCAAAGGAAAGAGAAUUGGAGCUGAAAAACUCAUGGGCUGAAAACAAAUUAACAAGGAGACAGACACAAGCCAAAUAUGGUUUUUAAUUCCAUUAUAGGAUGAUAUUUAUGUGCAUAAGCUGAGCUUCUACACACAGUGACUCGAACCAUCAAUCAUGAGUGUAUGGAAAGCUGAUCACCUGACUGACAUGUACAGCACUGAUCACCUGACUGACAUGUACAGCACUGAUCACCUGACUGACAUGUACAGCACUGAUCACCUGACUGACAUGUACAGCACUGAUCACCUGACUGACAUGUACAGAACUGAUCACCUGACUGACAUGUACAGCACUGAUCACCUGACUGACAUGUACAGCACUGAUCACCUGACUGACAUGUACAGCACUGAUCACCUGACUGACAUGUACAGCACUGAUCACCUGACUGACAUGUACAGCACUGAUCACCUGACUGACAUGUACAGCACUGAUCACCUGACUGACAUGUACAGCACUGAUCACCUGACUGACAUGUACAGCACUGAUCACCUGACUGACAUGUACAGCACUGAUCACCUGACUGACAUGUACAGCACUGAUCACCUGACUGACAUGUACAGCACUGAUCACCUGACUGACAAGCAUUGUACAUGAGAUCAAGGAAUUCAUACCUCAAACAUUUUUUUCCAGACCAGUCUAUAGAGGGACUGUGAAUUGAUAGUGUAUAUUAAGUGCACCAUG